GUGGCUUCAUUCAUUGAUCUUCCAACGUUGUUUGCCGAACUUGUUUGCGUCUGCCAACAUGGUUCUCUCCUUCAUUCUUGUCCAGAAUCGUCAGGGCAAAACGAGACUAGCCAAGUGGUACGCCCCCUACACAGAUGAGGAAAAAGUGAAACUGAAGGGCGAGGUCCAUCGACUCAUUGCUCCUCGUGAUCAGAAAUACCAGUCCAACUUCGUCGAGUUCCGAUCUGCGCCCUCUUCAUCCGCCUCCACAUCCCACGCCCAACCUCUGGUCCGUCAGAACCUGUCCUCUACAAAGAUUGUGUACCGUCGGUAUGCAGGCCUGUUCUUCUGCGUCUGCGUCGACGCCAACGACAACGAGCUCGCCUACCUCGAAGCCAUCCACUUCUUCGUCGAGGUGCUUGACCAAUUUUUCGGCAAUGUCUGCGAAUUGGAUCUCGUAUUCAACUUCUACAAGGUCUAUGCUAUUCUCGACGAGGUGUUCUUAGCCGGUGAGAUCGAGGAAACGAGCAAACAAGUCGUCUUGACGAGACUGGAGCAUUUGGACAAACUCGAGUGAGUGGUGAUGGUCCAGAAGCAAAAGCACGAGGCGCAAGGAACAUAUCAGAGUACCGCAAAGCACUUCGCAAUCGGUCCCUCGAAUCUGACCUAAUGGUACACCGGUGUCUCUCGCGUACGUCCCUGAAGGCGCAUUGUCAAUCACAUGCGGUGGAAGCUUCAGCAUUCAUAUGCUAUGUCGACUUUCAGGGGCUGGAAUGUCGCCUGUCACAUAUCAGCAAUGCCUGAUAACGUCCUAUAAUCGGAGGAAUACUGCAGCUUCCGGAGUCAUGCAUCUACCAGGCGUUAUCUUUGGGCACACAUCCAUACAAGACACGAAGGCGUAGAUCAUCCGAUAACCUGGUUGCAAAGGUUCACCAAGCAACAGAGCGGAGUCGCAGAGCUCAAGCCUUGGUGGCGGAAGAGGAAGACCAUCAACGUAUACGGCAGAGAGAUUGUAUGCCCAAAGCCCAAAGGGAAGAUUAUAUGGUCUUGUCAAACAAAUCUCCAAUCAAAUGAAGGGAAGGGAGAUCGUACAGAUCUGGUGGGCGGAUGCUUGCCGAAGGCGAAGAAGAUGGCCCAGCAGUCGCUCGAUCUGCGACGACUCGGCGGUGGAUGGAAGAAAUCGUCAAUGCAUCAGAUUCUCAACUGCUCUGCUUAGCAGAUGUUCGAUCUGCAUGUUCGUGUCUCGCUGAUGAUUCAUGUUCAUCGCUUGAGCGCCUGAAACCUCUUUGCCAGAUCGUCCACCGUCGGAACAGUUCCAGGCACCGCUCCGGCACCUCCGCCUGCAACUGCACUCUUUCCUUUUGCCGUCCCGGCGGAUGGUGGGGGUUUCGCAUUAUUAACGCCCUUUCUGAUCUCCCCUCCGCCAGGCAAUUUGACCUUUGGGCUGAGAUUUUCAGAAGUCGCGCCAGGGGGAGCUAUCGAGACAGGACUUUUUGCGCCCCCAGGCUCCAAGCUUGAUGGCGGUGUCGCAUUCUGUAAAGAUCCAAUGUCGAUCUUGUUUGGCCGUGAUGGUGUCGCUGGGUUCGGUGAUGCCCCGUCUGCAAGCAAAGGUGGCUCCUUCAUACCGCCGCCCACACCAUCGUCAUCUCCCGUAUCCUCACCAUCAACUUCCCUACUCAAUGCCUCGACCUGCUCCCCUUCACUUUGCGGUGGCCAGUCCACCCCGUAAGUCCUUGCAAUCUCCUCCAAAUAUGCCUGCACCAAUUUCGCACUCGGUGGAUCGACUUUUAACUUAUCCACCACUCGAGCGGGCACGCAAUUGUCUUCAUUCUCGUUCGCGCGAAUCGCGAAGUCCUUGCCGAACCGCUCGAUCAGCAUGCUGCGCACGAUGCCUAGCUCCCGCACAUCCCGGGGCAACCGCGGGGCAGAGUAUAUAAUGCUCGCUGCCGCCUCUUCCAAGCCGGUAUCAUCACCCGCCUGCGCUGUGCCUUCUUUGAUGUUCUUGUCCCUGACAUCUAACAGGCCUGCCCUGGCGAGGAGGAGUUCGGCGUAGAGUUCCAGGAUCUCCAUCAGCUCCACGGUGAUGUCGGUGUGGAUGAUAUUUUCAACGCGUAUGCGGGCGGACGCUUCGCGAGAUUGAGCGAGCAGCUCAGCCAUUUCGCGGCGCGCCGACACGGAGAUAGCGGUGUCUUUCUUCUGUGCAUUGCGGAGGCGAGGGAUGAGGAGUCGAAGGGUCGAUUUCAGUUUUACCUGGGUGGAAUGGAUUAGUGAGACUUAGGGUUGAGAGGAGAGAGGAAACGCAGUUGGAGCCCAAAAAGCAAAUCAAAUCCUGCACAUGGUCGAGGCGAUAGUGACAUUUUAGAUCUGUGUCCUGGAAUUGAUGCCGCCAGGGUCUGGAUAGAGAGACUCACUGUUUGAGGUGAUGCCGCUGGCAUCGUGAGGUAGCCGCAACGGCCUGGCUCUCACUGGCAAGCUGGUUUGGGCCGAAAGAGCUGGCCGCUGGCGCCCGGAUAGGAAGGGCUAGAAGGUUACCGCAGUAAAAAUGACACACAGUACGGUAUAA